AUGAGCUCUAGCCAAUCGAGCCUCGGGCGUCGAAAGAGAGGUUCACAGUCGCCUGUGAAGAGAACCAGCCAAUACCCGUCAAAGACCAACACGACUCCUAAUACUACGAGUACGAGAAGCACUGGUCCAUAUGAUCGUGCAUUUCUGCAAAAUCUUAUCAAUCACAAUAUAUUCCCAGAUGGUUAUGAAUAUCCAGAUGGCGGAUUGCCACCAGAGCCUGAGAACAUGAACGAUAUACUCGCCGCGAUGGCUCAGCCUCGACCGUCUUUAUCCCCAUCUCAAUUCUCCAAUGAUGAUUUCAGAAGGUUUAAAAGAGCAGACACCCAUGCUUUUAAAGAGCGUGAAAUUACAACAAACGUCAUACCUUUGAUCGAAGGAACAAUCGCAGAUAGCAAAUGUGUUGCUGGAGACGUUCCAUUCACAAACCUAGACGACUUGACCGACGGCACGAUCGUUUCAGGCAAGCCUGCCCUGUACCGCGGGGCACGGCCCGAACAGCUCGAUAUCAGAAUUCGCAGAGAGCAAAGCCGUAAGAUCAACCCCUCGUCUCAGAGCGAUCUUCCAAUCCUGGCAAAUUUUUUCCUCGAGGCCCUGACCAGUUGCUUCCAGACAGUCGUGUUAUAA